UCCCAAGUCAUCCCCCUCGAAAACAAUCAUCUUAUACACAUCUAUUUAACUCUCUAAGUACCAAAAAAUGGCGGGCUACAACCUCGAAGGUAUCAAAGCGGCACCUUUGAAGGACGAUGUGGAUAUUGUGAUCCCAACCAUCAGAAGCCUCGACUUUCUAGAACAAUGGAGACCAUUUUUGCAGCAUUACCACUUGAUCAUUGUCCAAGAUGGAGACCCUUCGAUCAAGAUUAAAGUUCCCGAGGGUUAUGACUACGAGCUCUACAACCGUAAUGAUAUCAACAGGAUCCUUGGUCCUAGAGCUAAUUGUAUCUCAUACAAAGAUGGUGGUUGUCGUUGCUUCGGCUUCAUGGUUUCGAAAAAGAAGUAUAUCUACACCAUUGAUGAUGAUUGCUUUGUGGCAAAGGAUCCAAGUGGGAAAGAGAUCAAUGUGAUAGCUCAGCACAUAAAGAACCUUGAAACACCUUCAACACCACACUACUUUAACACUCUCUAUGACCCUUUUAGAGAAGGAACUGAUUUCGUCAGAGGGUAUCCUUUCAGUUUAAGGGAAGGUGUCCAAACUGCCAUAUCUCAUGGGCUUUGGCUCAACAUCCCUGAUUACGAUGCUCCAACCCAACUCGUGAAGCCCCGGGAACGGAACACGAGGUAUGUUGAUGCAGUGAUGACAAUCCCAAAAGGAGUAUUGUACCCAAUGUGUGGCAUGAAUCUUGCUUUCAAUAGAGAGCUUGUUGGGCCUGCUAUGUACUUUGGCCUUAUGGGUGAAGGCCAGCCCAUUUCUCGGUACGAUGACAUGUGGGCUGGUUGGGCAGCCAAGGUGGUGUGUGACCAGUUAGGCUUUGGGGUCAAGACUGGGUUGCCGUAUCUGUGGCACAGCAAAGCCAGUAACCCGUUCGUGAACCUGAAGAAAGAGCAUAAGGGACUCCACUGGCAAGAAGAUAUGGUUCCUUUCUUCCAAAACCUUUGUCUCUCGAAAGAAUCUGACACUGCAGCUAAAUGCUAUAUGGAAAUUUCGAAGAUGACAAAAGAAAAGCUUACUAAAGUGGAUCCUUACUUUGAGAAAUUGGCAGAUGCAAUGGUCACUUGGAUUGAGGCGUGGGAGGAGCUUAACCCGCCGGUUAAGAAUGAGGCGUUCGUAGGAGCUUAACCCGCCGGUUAAGAAGACGCAGAGCGAUGGCAAAGAAGUCAAGGCCAAGUGAUGAAGAUAAUGAGUGAAGCUCUUGUUGCUAAAUGAAUAAGUAUGUUGUGAGUUUAUUAUUUGAUAUUGUAUUUAUUUUCUCCAUUUUGGAAGUGUUGGUGAUUAUGUAAUA